GGGCCCGCAGCCGCUCUGGGACGGCCCCGAGUGUCAGCUCAGCUCGCCCGGUGCCUCUGUCCCUCCGGCUGGCCCCGCUGCGGGCUCGGGGACACCUGGCCAGGGCUCGGGGACACCUGGCCAGGGCUCGGGGACACCUGGCGAGGGCUCGGGGACACCUGGCCAGGGCUCGGGGACACCUGGCCAGGGCUCGGGGACACCUGGCGAGGGCGGGCCGGGGGUGGGGCCGUCCCCGCCCCUCCGGAGCCUGUCGGUGCCGGCGGUGCGGGAUGCCCGGCCCGGCUCGGCCAGCAUGAAGAAGCACCAGCCGCACUCGGUGCAGGGCACCUUCAGCCGCCUCUUCGGCAAGCGCCACUCCAGCCCCAGCGCCGCGUCCCUGUUCGCCACCAACCCGCCCUGGAUCUUCACGCAGGAGGUGACCUCGGACAGCGCGGGUGGCACCGGUGACGUGAUCCAGGUGUAUUACGGUGACAAUCGCUUCGGGACGGUGACAGACUCUGGCACAGCAACGCUGAAACCGCGGCCGAGGGUGCGGCCGCUGCUGACGUUCCUGCCCCUGAACGCCCAAGAAUCCCAUGGGGUGGCUGUGCCAACGCCGUCGGUGCCAGAAGACUUUGAGGAAAAGGCAGCUCUUGGCUCUGGCUCCCAGCUCAAUGGCAAUUACCGGAUGUACAGCUCGGUGGGGGACCUGCGCCCACAGGUCCUCGAUGGGGAUGACCUGGAUGAAGACAUCCCCCCGCCGCCAUCGGUACCCCCUCCACCCCCUCCGGCAGCGCCUCUGCCACCCGCUCUGGCCUCGCCGGUCCCUCCACCCCCCGAAAUGCUGCCACCCCCGCCACCCGAGAUGGUGCCACCACCUCCUGCCAUGGCAGCCCCGCCGCCUCCCGCCUGUGCCCUGUCCCCCCCCAGCACCCCGGCUCCUCCAGACUUCAUCCCUCCGGCCCCGCCGGGGGUCCGGGACCCCGCGCCCUUCGGCCCCGGCAUCUCCAAGUGGAAAUCCGAGACGGUGCUGAACACGAGGCAGGCCGAUGCCGAGGGGCCGCUCUGCCCUGCCGAGCCCGGGGAGCCCGCAGCCCCCAGCCCCAAGGAGAGCCUGCAGCCCAAGCCCGAGCCCCACCUCACCUUCCCCAGGUCGUUCAAGGUGCCGCCGCCGGCCCCUGCGCGCUCCUCGUCCAUCCCAGUGCAGGAGGGCCAGCCCGGCCGGCAGGAGCCCGUCCCCAGGCAGCCUCACACCCGGCCACCCCUCCCACCCUGCUUCACCAUCAGACCCGCGGCCAAGGCACGGCCGGGAGAAGCCGAGCAGAGAAAUUCCGGGCUCAGACAGGGCAUUGGGAAGCCGGCUGUACCCCCUCCUCUGAGCCCCAAGCCGGGCCCAGGGCUCAGCCAAGGGGUGAAUCCUGCUGGCCGCCGGUCCCCACUGCCGGGCUCCGAGGGGGAGAAGAAAACAGCUGGGAGAGACUCCCCUCCAAAAUCUGAACCUCUCACUGCGAACGACCUGGAUCUCCCUCCUCCAGACUACCCGACCUGUGAGGAUGACUGGAAGGAUGCCAGCAACCUGAACAAGCUGCGGGACGAGCUCUCGGCUCUGCUGCGCUCCCCACGCCGGGAGGAGAGGCCGCUGGAGAAGCCGGCUGCUCCCCAGCCCGUGGACAGCACUCCCAGCCGUGCUGGCAGCCGUGAGCCGGGGCUCAGCGAGCCCCAGCUCGCCAGGAAGGACACGGGGUUAUCCAAGGAAGGGGAGAGGGAGAAGAAAGAGGUGCCCAGCAGCACCCCCAGCACCAACGGGGGCUCUCCCAGCACUGCAGUCACCGCCCCAGAGAGCAGCCCUGACACACAGCCCCGCAGCGUGAUGACAAUCAGGAACGAGCUGGAGGCUGUGCUGUCCCUGAAGAAAGAAGGGAAACCUCUUGUGGGGCUCAGCAGCCAGAAGCAGGGUGUGGAGAAUGGCAUCAGCACCCCACUGGUGAGGAAGAGCCCCCCUGACACGAGUGACUCAGUGGUGCCACAACCGGUCCCCAGCCUGCUCCCAGCCCCGGUGGCUGCUGCGAAGGAUGAGACAGAUCACGAGGACCAUCCUGCUCCUGCUCCUGCUCCUGCUCCUGCUGCUGGCAAGGUCACAGAGGACGUGAGCCCAGCUCCAGGGUCCCUCAACAGCAGCGUGAGUCCUCCAGACCCACCCCAGGGACCGGCUGAGGAGCCCCCUGCUCCCACCCCCUCCUCACCCCCUGCGUCCCCCGCACAGAGCCCGGCACCAGAGCCCAGCUCGGCCAUCUUCCAGUACAAAGUGCACCGGGCUGGGGCCAGCUCGGCCGAGCCACGCUGUGCCCCGGGCUCAGCUGAAGCCCCCUGCCCCGGGAGCUCGGCCAGGAGCCCCCCGGACAUCUCAGGAGCGGGGCAGGAGGAGGUGCUGAUCCACCCCGUGACGGGGGAGCGCGUGGAGAGGGGUUCACCCAUGGCCCUGCUGCUGGCAGCCCGGCAGCGUGCCCAGCGGGGCCGCCAGGGCGGGGAUGGGGUGGCCGUGCUGAGGGCAAAGCCACCCCUGAGACUCAGCAGUGCCUCGUCAGACACCACCUCCAGCAGCUUCUUCCGCCACGAGUCCAAGCCCUACUCCUUCACUGUGGUGCCUCGGCCGUCUGCGGCCAGUCCAGCGGGGCCCGGCUGGAGCAAAGCCCCCUCCUUCUCCAGCUCCUCGGAGCAGGGCCGGGCCGGGCGGGCGGUGGGUGAGGCGCAGCCCCCCGGGCCCCGGCGAGCCGCUGCCUCCAGCCUGCUCCGGGGCCUGCUGGACUCGGGGCAGCCGAGCCAGCCCGGCCCAGCCCACCACGGAGUGCCCAGGGAGGAGGAGAACGGGGACACGGCGCUGGACUUCGGGAUUAUCCCCCCACCCCCCGAAUUCAGCAACGAGGCGGACGAGGGUCCCCUCCCGAGUCGGGAGGAGAGCCGCAAGUGCCCCAGUGUCCCUGAGAGCAGCCGGAGCUCGGGCGAGCCGCGCUAUUUCAGGUGGUCUGGCUACAGCCGCAGCUACGGGGGCAACCAGGAGCCAACAGCUCCGCUGCCCUUGGAGAAGAGCUGGAGGAACGGCGACUUCACACCUCAGUACCCGGAUUACAGCAGCUCCACGAGUUUCCCCAGCCACGGCCCCAACCCACGGCCGCUGAUCAAGAAGCGCCUGUACAUGUCGGAGCCCGACAGCUCCUACCCCCGGGCAGGGGCAGCCCCCCGGGCCUCGGGCACCCUCUCCUCCUACGGCACCGGGGGGUUCGGCUCCACGGCUGGGGAGGGGUCUCGCCGCCUGAGCUCUGCCCACAGGAACGGCCCCUCGGGCACCCAGGGCAGGCGGGCGUCCACGGAUGCUGCUGGGAAAGGCACGGCGUACGGCAGCAGCGGGGCUGACACCAAGUACAAGGGGCAGAACGGGGACUUCUCGCCCGGCAGCGUGCUGACAGGCAGCAGGCCUGCCCACGGCACCCCGCACUACGGGGCACCCUCCAACACCUUCACGGUGAGGCCCGGGACGCGCCAGCCCAUCUCCUACACCUACCAGAGCCACCGGUAGGCCGGACCUCGGGGCCGCCCCGCCGGCGUCCGGCUGGCAACGGGCGAGAGGGUGCCUGGCUUGGCCUUCUCUACGGCACCAGGGACGGUCCCAACCCAGCCUGAAAAUGCUCCUGCUCGAAAUUGCUGAUGGAGGUGGGGAACGAGCCCGAGACUCGGACUUAUCUCAAAAGACUGUCGAGGAGAAUUGUUACUGCGGAGGGCAGGCCGCUGCCUUGUUACAUGAGCAAACGUGCUUUCCUUUUUUCCCAUUUUCCCUCCUGGAUUAUUGUCAGAAUUGCAGACUGAUAGGCCAUCUAGGAAAGCCAAAGAGCAUCCUCAGCUCUCUUUAAAGAGCAUCACCACUGGAAAGAUUGAUUGCAGUUUGUUUGUUAAUUGGUUUAACUCCAGCAUGUUUGGGAGCAGGGAGAAACCGGCUGAGAGAUGUGCACAGUGGAAGCAAAGCAGUGUAUAGCUAAAUGUCAGGGAUUAAAAUAAGAAUGUGAGGCCAGUGGGAUAGGAGGAGAUGCCUGGAUCCUGAGCCUUUCUGUCCUUCAAGAGUUUGGAGCGAAUCAAUUCUGCCUUAAACCCAGCCCUGGGCAGUCAGUGCCUGUCCUGCCGAGCAGGGCUCCGACCCCUCGUCCAGGAGCUGCUUUGGGAGCAGGAGCCUUGCUUUGCUGUGCCUUUUGGUCACUGUAAAUGUUUCUGUUGGUAAUUAUUCCUCGUGGAAGGAGGCUGUGAGGCCUGGCUGGAUGGCUGUAAAGCACUUUGGAGACAAAGGUCAUGGAGCAAUCCUUUUCCUUGGGCUGGUGGGUGUCCACCACUCGCCCAGGUGCUGUGCUGCUGGUGCUGUCCCCGAGGGGUCUCUCGCCACAUCACAGCCCUGUGACCCCAAGAGUCCUUAUUCUACUUAUUCUACUGAGAUUGGCUUCCACGUGCCUGCUUUGAAGCUCAAUUUCAGUGUGUCUGUAUUUAUCCUGGUGGCAUGUGGGGUGUCUGCAGGGAAAGGAGCUGGCUCCCGGUGCUUUUCCAGGUGCUGGAUGUGCAGAGCUGCCCCUGAUUCCCACUGGUGGACACAGGGCUGGGAGCUCGGAGUAGCCUUAGAGGGUUUCAGCUUCCAGAGUGAGCAGUGGGGUCUCACGACAGCUGACCUGAGUUGUGAAUAAUUCCUGAAGCUAGAAACAGAGAAUCUUCCUCCUACGUAAACUUGCAGAAAAUCACUGUAAAAUAACUGUAAAAACUUGUAGAGAAUAUUUUCUAAUCACUGGCAAACUAAAAGCACUUUGAGACAUGAGUCUAUUUUUAUGGAAAGCACUUUCUAUUUUCAAUGCUAUAAAUCCCACUGGUUCCACUCCAGCUUGCCCUGCCUGGCACACACCUGGAUGUGGCCUGCAAGCAGAUCUUGCUCAUUCAGCUCAAAAUCAGGGAUAAAUUUUCCUUCACAGUUGAAUUCUCAAAAGUUAUCUUGAUAUUCGAGUCAUGUCACUGGCAUUCUGUGUUUUGUGUUAUUUCCAUCUUUACCUAAUAAUUUAACAUCCCUUUCAGAUAUUGCAGCAGCUUUAAAGUAUUCUGAACUUUACUUUGCUGUGAAUAAAAUGAAAAUGCAGAUACAAUAUUCAGUCUAACAGCUAAUUCAAAGGACAUUUUUAUGCCAGUAAGUCACAGUGACUUGGAAGAUUUCCAUUGUUCACCCCAGCUAAUAUUGAAAUAAUAGGCUUUAAAUAUCUGGGUGCUGGAAUAUUUAUGGAGAAAAGUGACUGUGGAGUAAUUAUAAGGACAUUUAAGUGUGCCAAGUGUCUUGUGGAAUGCCACCUACCCUAAAACAUGGAAUUUUCUCUAUGCAAGGAGCAUCUUGAGCAUUCUCAUUCAUUUGUAGAAGUAAAUCUGUGAUCCUCCUUCAGGGCCUUUAGGGUCAUGUUUUGCUAUUGGAUGAAGUUUCACCAGUUUAGCUUGAAAGCAAACAAAGAAGUCUCUUUGAUAACGUUGCAAUUUAAUGGGUUUUUUUUUCUUCUUGAUAGUUUUUGGUGUUUUUUUUUUUUUUCAAAAUAAUAAGCUAUAAUUGCAGAUGAGCUCUCAAAAACAAUUUUAAGGCUGGAUGGGCAAGUUCAGCUUUUGAUACUGACUUUGCCCAGAAGUGGUGAGGGCAGGGGGUAUGUGUGCAAUUUUCCACCUCAAGAAUUCUUCCAAAUUACAAUCUCCCCAACACAAGUUUGUUUGCUUUUUUUGUUGGUUUUUUUUUUUCUUUGUAGAGAAAAAUGUGACACUCCAAUGUUGGCACUUGCUUUAAAUGUCACAUUUACUACUUCAUCCAGACACACAAUUCAUGUGUAGCUGAAAUAUGGUCUUAGACACCAUGGAGUGUGUCACUUCUAGCAGACAUAGUUGUUUUAAUUAAGUAUUAGAAGCGUGAUAAUAGAAGUCAGCUUUAUAAAAUAGCCAUUCUUCACUCAAGAACACCAUUCUGGGACUGCACAGGGGCUGGCACUGAAUCAGGCUGGACUCUGCUUCCAGUUGUAGGACUGGUUAGCAUGCAGGCUUUCAGCAGCAGAACACUUCUAUUCUUCAGACCCUUUGGACUAUCCCUGCUGCUUUUGAAUGCCUUCAGCACAUUCUGGUAUUUCAGAAACAACUCACCAUUGAUUCUGGGGCUGCUGUGACAAAGGAACCACUGUCAGAGCUGUUGGCAGCCAGAGCACUUGGGGACAGUGAGAUCUCUCAGGAGGUGAGGACUGCAGGGAUGGGGGAGAGCCUCCUCUUCCUGGGGCAGGUAACUCUGUCAGGUUCUGGGGAUAAACUGCUCCUCGUCCUGCUCCUCCCAGCUCUUCCACUAUGGAAAUUUAGCAACAGAGUAAGAAACAAAACUAAGGGGUGUUAAUGGAGCAAAGCACCCUGCCUCAGCCCAGUGCUGAGAGCAAUCCUGAGACCCAGUGUGGAAUUAUUCUCACUUCACCCUCUCUGAUGCAGUGUGGUAAUUCAAGUUGUGAUACAACUUAAAUUAUCCCCUGCAGCUGCCUCUUCCUCACAAGUUCCUGCUAGGGGAGUGUAACAGAGCUUUAGCUGUAAAGUAUUGAACAAAGUCUUUUAUUUAUAAGUGCCAUUGAACACCAACCUUCUUGCAUUAAACAUUUCUGGAUGUUUUA